AUGGAGAAAAUUUCAGCAUUUUUUUUCAUCUUCUUCCUUGUCUCGUUGUGCAUGGUAACAGUAACGGUUGGAGAUAUAUGUCAUACGGACCAAGAUUGUAUAGACAUUGGCAUUCCAAGAUGUAAGCGCACAGGGAGGAUGCCAAUCUGCUACAAUGGCUAUUGUAGCUGUUUCGCUAAAAGGCCACCUCCUGCAGCUCCCACCACUCCUUCUUGGACGACCACCAACUCUUGAGCUUCAUCAUAAUAUUGAUGCAAUAACAUUUAUGUUACCUUUUAUUUUAAUUACAGUGCAUAAAACCCAAUUUAUUAGCACUCACUCAAUCAUUAUCUUAUCUUCAUGCAUCUUUCAUAUGCAAUGUAUCUCUACAAUUAAUCAACUGAUGGAGUCUUAGCUAGUUAGCUUUGACUCUUCGUUUAAACAA